GCAAGCUGGUAUCAGUGCUCUCGUGGGUUGCUGUGAUUUGGGCAGCAUGAACUGGCAUUCUUUUUUCCACCUGGGUGAUUUUGAUGCACAUUAGUCAAAUAGCUGAAUUUAUUUGAAUUGCAUCUCAGGUGUGGUUGUCAUAGUUAUUUAAGUGUGCCAGAGUUUGUCCAUUUAAAUGUGCAUUGCAUAUUUAAUGGUCUUGAGACUUGUGAUACGAUUGUCAGGCCUGAAUUCAAUUAGAGGACUACUUGAAUUGAGUUAGGCUAAUCGAGAUGAAUGUUUACACUGGUUUGUAACUGUGUGGUGGUGAAAAAAUGUAUUUAAGCUCUACUCCUCUUUGACGUCACGUGAUUAGUUCCAGACAGAUAGCGCUUCUAUUUCUAGUAUGUAGCACAGUUGUCACCAAGGCUAGAGGGGCUUCGACAUUGGGGGAAAACAACCCAAUUAUUUGCAUUCUGGGGAAUGUGUAGCCUGCGGGGACAAUUAUGACUGAGCCAAAACAAAGUUCCGAAUGGCCAAAACAAUUUCAAUUUGUGUUAAUGUGAAAAUGAGGCAAUUAGCCAACCAAGUUUGAUUUAAAAUUUGUAAUUUGAAAUUUUCACCGUAGGCUUGUGGUUCAGAGACGUGUGAGACUGUGAGUGAUUAAUUUUCUCUGUUGGGUAGUUAAGCAAAACUGUUUAAGAGGCAGCCCAAGGAUAUAAUCUUAUCACUGUGCUGAAGUUGGUCACGAUUGACUUUUUAGAGAGCUAAACCUUGGUCACCAUAACUCAAAAAUCUGUAAUCUGCAUUGCAUUUUCAUGAUGUCUUUUUCAGGCUGCUGCAGUCGAUGCUGUGAUGGGUGAGUCGGGAUCGCGCCGCUCCACCCUGGUCUCCAGGCUGCCCAUAUUCCGCCGGAGCGCCAGCAAGCGGCAGGACUCGCUGCCGUCCUCGCCCUCGUCGGGCGGCGUGGGCAACGGCGUGCACACCUCCUCGCCGUCCAGCACCAACUCCAGCUCCAGCAGCACGGGAAAGAGGCGGAGCCUGUUCCGCACGCCCUCCAUCAGCUUCCACUCCAAGCGCAGCAGCGAGCCGCCGCCCGUCGGCCCCGCCCAGCCGGCGCCGGAGGCGGGCUUCCAGCGAGCGGCGGACGACGGCGGGCGCUGCAAGACCCGCCACUCCUUCGGGUUCGGCGGCCACCGGCACAAGAAGAUCAGCCGGUCCCAGACGGAGGACUUCGACAAGGCGUCCACCAACCGCAACGUCUUCAUCAACUGCAUCAGCUCGGGCGCCAACGAGGGCGACGACUCGGGCUUCCUGGACGACUACAGCGGCAGCCGCCGGUCCUCCAAGCACAGGAAGCCGCUGCUGCCCAAGUCCUUCUCGUCCCACCACCGCUUCUCCAAGCACCUGGGCCACGCCCCCGACGCGGCCCCGCCCCAGGACGCGGGCGGGGACCCCCCCAAGACGGGCACGCCGGGCUCGUGCCCGGGCGAGCUGGGCGAGAGCUCGCUGCAGUCGCCCAUGCUCUCCGAGGACCGCACCAUCGCCGUCACGCCGUCCGAGUUCGUGCCCGUCACCGAGGACUCCGUCUCCGAGACGGACCUGCUCCCCGGCCUGAGCCCGGGCGCUCCCCCGCCCGACGACCUUGGCCCCCUCGACCCCGUUGACCGAGCGCCGUUCUUGCCGUUCCCCCCCCUCGCCACCGCGGACGAAUCCCCUCCCGACCCCCCCGGCGAGGCGGACCCUAAGCCCGACUCCGCCCCCUCGAGCGUGGAGCUGGCCCCGCCUCCAAAAGGGGAGGAGCCUGAAGAGGGCGGGAGGGAGAGCGAGGGCGGGGCGGGGCCAGCGCAGAGCGGGCGGGGCGGCGGCGGCGGGUCGGACGCGGAGGAGCGGCUCGGCGAACAGACGGAGAGGAGGCACCGGAACACGGUCGUCAUACAGGAGCCGGGCAAGGGGGCGGGCUGCGUCAAACCCGAGGCGCGGCCCUGUCACCUGAGGAAGCCUCACGCAGGCUCGGUGUGCAGCAGCGUCAGCCCGUACCGCGAGGCCCUGCGUUCGGAGAGGAGGCUGCGCUCGGCGUCGGAGGGGGCGGGGGGGGGCCCGCGCCUCCACCUCAACCUGAGGGAGCCGCACUGCGUCGAGGGCCCCCCCCUGCUCAAGCACCGGGCCGACUCGUCCUCCUCCAAACUGGGGAGCCUGGAUGUUCUGAACAACCUGGGCUCCUCCGAGCUGGACGAGGACGACCUGAUGCUGGACAUGGAUCUCUCUGACGACCAGCGCCAUCGUCACGUUUCCAGAGAGGACUCCAGCCAGUCCCUGGCGUCCUGUUUGGCCCUCCUGCACUCCCCCAUAGAGCCCUCUUCAGACAAGGUCCUGGGCAGAGAACCCCGCGGAACAGAGUCCUCCCACAGGGAGGGACCCCCACGGGAGCCCAGGCCCACCUCCCUGCUGCCGUCCGAUUGGUGCUUUCCCCGGGAGGAGGAGCUGGCGGGGCUGGACGGCCUCCCGUUCCGGCUGAUGCAGCAGGACUGCACCGCCGUCAAGACCCUGCUGCUGCGGCUGCGCAGGACGCUGCAGGAGAGUACGGACACGAGCCCAGCCACCAGCCUCCACUCCCUACCCAUCAGCCCCUGCAGCGAGAAGUCCCUCCCCUUUAAGGAUCCUGGGAGAGACGAGGGCCCGUCCGUCUUCCUGCUGCUGAAGGACAAGGACGAGCUGAUCCUGAGACUGCGGAGCGAGCUGGACAAGGCCAAUUCGGCUCAGAGCGCCCCCCCCUGCCAGAAAGCGGACAAGGCCACGCAGACGGAAGUCGGGCCCCCGGAGGCUACUCCCCCAGGCAGAGCCGCAAGCCAAAACAGCAGCAUAAGGGAGCGAAGGCUGGCCCGCCCCCCCGCAGACCAGUACCCCCGCCCCCCCGCGGAGCGAGCGGGCGCGUGCGAGGACCGGAGCUGCCCGGCGGGGGCGGGGGUGGGGGUGGGGUCACGGCGGGCGGGUUUGGGGUUGGGGGUGGGGCUGGGGGCGGAGCCAGCGUGGGACGCCGGGGGCCCCCGCAAGCCGGACGCCCCCGCCAGCCAGAUCCCCCGCGCGGUGUGCGGGAGCAGCUCCAGCCUCCCGGCCCGGGACAGCCCGUCCCGCAGCCUGUCCUCGGACAGCGAGAGGGGCCCCCGCAGUGAGCGGCUGGGCCCCCCGCCCCGCCAGGCCUCGGCCUUCGCCGGCCGCCUGGGCCAGCCCCCCCGCGGACCCCUCUCCCUGCACAUGUACAGCCGCAAGAACGUCUUUCUGCAGCACUCUCUGCACACUGCCGAACUGCAGGCCCUGGCCCAGCAGGACGGCUGAGGCCCCCCCUACCCCCCCGUACCCCCCGUCCCGUACCCCCCCGUCCCGUCUCAUUAUCCCCCUUUAGUGCCCCCAGCAGACAACUGACACAUCAUCGAGCAGCAGUGAGACACCUGGAAGAGAUUCCCAGGGGCUCCUGUAUUCCCUUGGGGAAACUACAUUUCCCAUGAGCACCCGAGCCUGGAGACCACAGAAACCUCAACAGCACCUGUUCAUUGCUUGACACUCACCGUCCCCAUGUUUUCCUGGUGUCCCAGAUUGGAUUACAGGAUAUAAAACUGCCACUAGAAUGGAAAAAAAAAAACUCUCUUACUUCUUCAAGACGGGAUUAGUUUGGAAUGUGUUUAAGUGUUAAGCGCACAAUCUGUGUUUCACCACGUAGGCAUUAACUGUCGGACAGAGACUCUCAGAUAGAACAUUUCUCUCUGAACGGUCAUGUGCAAUUUGAGUUUGAGCGGUACCCGAGGACGGACUCCGCGUCCGCGAAUGUCGCCGUACGGAGGCCGCCGACGGAGCUUGGCGCCCGUUGCCGCGGCAACCAGCCCAACCGGUCACCUGUCUCGCAAAAAACCCUGAGACGGGAACCCCCGAAAUCCACGAGCUGCUGAACCCACGACGCCAGGCGCACGUCGCCCCCACGCCUCACUACAUUCCCGCGAAACGUCGCUGAGACAGACCGCCAACGUUCCAGCGUUCUUUCUCGAAAUUCCGCAGGACUGGGGGGAAAAAAGGAAAGAUAGAAUAUUAAUGUACUGUACGUUUUGUUUGUCGUUUGUACCACAGCUGAACACUACCAGCCCCUGUUAGCUUGUUGCACCAGCAGCGGCGCUGUUGUAGCGCUUCGCGGACGCUGUCCCCACGUCUGAAAUUUGCCAAAUACGCGGGAAACGGGACGGGCGCCUUUCACGGCUGCUCUACGGCAGCCCAAACGAGAUUAAUACCAACGCAGGCACAUUCCUUUUAGGAAACGCUGCAUCCGCGAUGGAUCUUUAUUAAUUGCAUGAAUUUUUUUAUAAAAAGAUAAAUUUAAUCUAAGAGGGCCAUUUUCAUGCACUGAAGGUGAAGAGAAUAAGCUUUUACAUUUUGUGUUUAAAUGAGAACUUCAGUAUGCCAGUGAACUCCUUAACCCCUUAUCACCCCACACUCAACCACACCGCACCACCACAACCUUUUUAUGAAUGGACGUAUGAAUCCUUGUCGAUGUCGAAGCACUUUGAUGCAAUGUCGUUUGUAAUAAUACAGACCUACUCUCGUACUCAGUUGCAAUACUAAUGCAAUAUUAAGAUUAUUGGGUGUAGCUCGUAAGAAGACCUCACGUGCGGAUGUUGGCGUUAGCGUGGGUAUUUUACUUGUAGACGCUCACCCGGGCGACGGUCGCUUCGAUCUGAACAGGGAGGCGAGCGAGAGAUGAAUCUAGAGCAAACGAAAAACGUGACGUUAUUACAGUAAAUGGGAGGGGAGGAUAGAUGAGGUUUGCAGAACUGCCGCAAACCCCUGUGCAUGGGGGCUCGCGAUUCGUCCCCGAUUCCCCCCCCCCCCCAAAUUCCCACCCCCCGAUUCCCGCUGUUUAACAAUGGGGGCGAGUGUAUCUGAAGGACGUUUAGAGGUAAAGGAACACCCCCCUACCCGUCCGUCCCUCCCCCCCUCUUCGGGAGCCCAACCACCGCCCCCCCGCUCCAGUUUCUCUGUCCGUUGGGAGCGGCUGAUCCUGACAGCCUACUUACAAAGCGCUGCGUCACGGGGGUGGGGAGGGGAGGGGGGGGGGGCAGAGAGGGCCUCUGGAGCCGUCGGGACAGAGACUCUGCUCUCCUUGUUCUGCCGUUAAAGAGUCCUUAAUUGAUUUGACGGCGUGCGAUUCAUCUUCGCGGGAGACUGUAACGAGUUUAAAGAGGAGGCUCCUGUGGAAACGGCCAGCGCUGCCCUGGCUGUUUCUCCUGUACGCCUGCCUCUGUCCUUCCAGGGCUGCUCUAGCUUUGACCUCGACCUCGACCUUGACCUCGACCUUGACCUUGACCUCGCAUGGGUUUCAUUUACAGAGCAUUUACCGAGCCGCAGCGUUCGUUGAAACCAGUGAUUUCGCCCACUGCCUUUUCAAUUCUCUUUUCAUUUCCCCCCUGUUUGUUCUUUCUUCCUCUUCUUCUUUUUUCUUUUUUCUUUCUUCUCUCUCACCGCGGCUGAAGUGGUUGAGUGUGUUACGGGCGGGCUGGAGAACUCUCCAGCUCGGAGAGAGGGGCGAUCGAUGGCCCUCUCUGUGUUGUGCUGCUCGCUCGCUCACUCUCACUCUCAGACCCCCCCCCCCCCCCCCAACCCUGCACUUUGCUUUUGGGUCCCGAUCUGAAACUGCCCUCUCUGAGCCUGGAAGAGGAGCAGGUGUUCCUCUGAGCGCCCUCGAACACUGGAGGGGGGAGAGUGCUCUUUCGUGCCCCUCACACUGCGAUCUCAGCCGCACCUUCUUCUCCCCCGCUCUUCAGUACUUCCACACGCUCCUCUUCCUCUGACCUUCCUGCCAACCUGUCUGGAAAAAGGGUCCUCCAGUGGGGCCCCCCCGUGGGUCCCAAGACCCGAAACCCGAAACCAACGGUCUGGUCUGUGGGUUAACCGCACAGGUGCAGGGGAUCCCCUGUUAGAGCACCAGCACAGAAAAGCCCCUCCCUGCACUCACCGCCCCCCUGCACCUGCUCAAGAACUCUAACAUUCCCUGGCAGGGGCCAGGAAACCCUUUCCUGAACUCGACUCGCUGCAGAUAAAUUAUAGUUAUUUAUUUCUCGCCUUAUUUAUAAUGUGAUGUUAUGCAUUUGUGGCAUUUAUGAUCACUAUAAUGUUCUUACUUUAUUUUGCUGUUUUCUGGCAAAUUGUGUUAAGAAUGACUGCGAUGGACACACUUGGAGCUUGUGUUAUAUACUGGUAUAUAUAUAUGUAUAUAGAUGGGCCCUGUUAAUAAACCCAGUGAUGCGUAUACAAUAUGGGGGAUAUUAGAAUAUUUAUAUUACUGUUAACAGGGUUCACUUGACAAGGGUAAAUGCUUUCCAGGCUAAUUGAAUCACAGGAUCCAUUUGCAUAUAUAUAUAUAUAUAUAUGCCAUGGGUGUUUUACCCUCAUGAAGAAGCGGUUUUCAUGAUGAUAAGAUGAUUUUAAAUGGUUGUAUUAUUUACUGCUAAUAAAGACUUAUAAAAUCA